CCGGGAGCCUGGCAGCGCGUCCCGGCGGAACCAGACCCAGAGAGGGGGCAGGAGAGGGGCUCUUCUCCCCUUCACCAUGCAGGAUGAAAUUCUGCUGACUCCCUGGAGGAGGUUUUCUGAUGAAGACAGAGAGCAGUUCACCCCCAGGGAAGAAGAGAAAUGGGAUUUUGUCCUGGUAAGCGACAUCCACCAAGUGGGCAGUGAGAAGGAGAUGAAGAGGAAGAAGUUCCUGGUUGAGCUGAGAAAGAAGGGGUUCAUCAUCAAGAAAAUCGAGGACAGGAAGGUAUUUUAUGGAGUCCGUGCCCCAAGACAGAUCUUCUGGAAAUACCAGCGGCUCCUGAGGAAGCCCAACAGCAGACUGCAAAGCCCCGGUGACAAUCAGGAGAUACCAGUGACCACCAGGAUACGCAUAGUGAACUUCAUCCUGCAGAACACGGUGACACCCGACCUUGAGAAGCUGCGUGACCUGAUGAAGAAGAAGGUCUUUGAGGCAAUGUUUCCUCUGCACGAGAAAGAAGAGAAAAGGGAAUUCCUAAAGGAGCACUGGGCUCGAUGGAGUGAAAUAUUUUGCCCGCAGCCAAUUGAGAAGAUCAGGUGCUAUUUUGGGGAGAAGGUGGCUCUGUACUUUGCCUGGCUGGGCUGGUACACCUACCUCCUGGGGUUCGCUGCCGCGGCGGGGCUGGUGGUCUUUAUAGCUGGGAUUACUACCUUCAAUUCCAGCCAGGUGAGCAGGGAGAUCUGUGAGGCCACCACCACCAUCAUGUGCCCACUCUGUGACCAGCAGUGCCCGUUCUGGCUGCUCUCUGACACCUGCACCUAUGCCAAGGUCACUCAUAUGAUUGACAACGAGGGGACAGUUUUGUUUGCCAUGUUCAUGGCCAUCUGGGCCACCGUGUUCCUGGAGCUGUGGAAAAGGCAGAGAGCCACGGUGGUCACUGACUGGGACCUGUACCGGUGGGAUGAGGAUGAGGAGGAACUGGCUAUAGACCUGAUCAACAACGUGCAGCACGAGCCCCAGCAGUACCAGCACUCCUACUUCCGCAGCACCAUCAUACUGCUGCUGGUGCUGGUGAUGAUCGCGGUGAUGAUCGGCAUCGCCCACGCCCUCGUCAUUUACCGGGUGAUCGCCACGGCCCUCUUCACCCAGAGCCCCUUUGAGUUUGUCCGUGAGCAGGCCAACAUGGUGGCCAUGGUGACGGGGGCUGUGCUGCACUACAUCACCAUUGUCAUCAUGACCAAGGUCAACAGGCACGUGGCCCUCUUCCUCUGUGACCUGGAGAAACCACGGACCUUCUCCCAGCGGGAGAACAACUUCACCGUGAAGAUCUUCACCUUCCAGUUCUUCACAAACUUCUCUUCUCUCAUCUAUGUGGCCUUUUUCCUGGGACGGAUCAAUGGCCACCCGGGCAACUACGUGCGCAUCGCGGGCAAGUGGAGGCUGGAGGAGUGCCACCCCAGCGGCUGCAUCUCUGACCUCUUCAUCCAGAUGGCCAUCGUCAUGCUGCUCAAGCAGACCAUCAGCAACAUGAUGGAGUAUCUCAUCCCCUGGGUGAAGUGCAAGCUCUGCAGGCAGCAGUGGCGCCCCAGGAAGAGAAGGAUGAUGUUAGGAGAGGAAGAGGAGGAUGAGGACCCCUGCAAAAGGCAGUGGUUGAGCAACUAUCAGCUCAACGAGGUCAACAUCUUCAGCUUGUUUGAUGAGUUCUUGGAGAUGGUUAUCCAGUACAGCUUCACCACCAUUUUUGUCGCUGCCUUUCCCCUGGCCCCACUCCUGGCUUUCUGCAACAACCUGCUGGAGAUCCGCCUGGAUGCCAUCAAGAUGAGGCGGCUGUCCCGGCGCAUGGUGCCGCGCAAAGCCAACGACAUCGGGAUCUGGCUGCAGGUCCUGGAGGCCAUCGGGAUCCUGGCUGUGAUCGGGAACGGGCUGGUGAUUGCCAUCACCUCCGACUUCAUCCCUGUGCAGGUCUACAAGUACCUGUACAGCCCCUGCCUGCUGGGGAACAACACGGACAUGGACUGCACAACCGGUUACAUCAACCACAGCCUCUCCAUCUUCCGCAUCCAGGACUUUGAGCCCCACACAAAAGUGCCCAAAACGCUGCCAGACUUUGUCAGGGAGGAGAUCAAGGAGUGCAGGUACCGGGAUUACCGGAACCCCGAUGACUACAGCUACACGGCCCAGUUCUGGCACAUCUUUGCAGCCCGGCUUGCCUUCCUCAUCCUCUUUGAGCACGUGGCUCUCUGCGUCAAGCUGAUCGCAGCCUGGUACGUCCCCGACGUCCCCCAGCGGGUCAAGAACCAAUUUCUGGACAGACAACACAACGACCUUCGUAAAGAACUGAGCAUGAUGGAUUUCUCCACCGACGUGUAGUCACCACUCACCAAGGAGAACAAGAAACAUGGACAUGAGCCUCCCAGGAGGUGGGAACAGCCAACAUGGCACUGCUGUGGUGUCCCAGCUGUGACCGAGCUUGGACUCGAGCUGGAAGGCAAGAAGGUGA